AUGUCUGCAAAAAAGGAAGUGGCACUUGCCAACUUGCAGCUGUUGGGCUUGCCACUUAGGCACUCAGGCAUGGCUCAGGCAGGCACUCGAAAGCCAGUUGACUUCUCGGCCACAGAUCGUCCCACAGGCUCUGACGCUCUGACUUCGGCCAUGCCAUGGAGAAGCCGCUGGCCCUUGCUGCCCUUGCUGCUGUUGGCGCUGCACUUGGACUUCGUACACUUCGCAUGGCAACGAGGCUGGCGGGGCUGGCACACUGCCCGUCCGGCACGCCCACAAGCGCGUGACCCGAACCCGAACCAGACCGCAAAGGUUUGGUCCAAAUUGGAGAUGCUCGAGGCAGCCCCGCGCCUGGCGGACGCGCGAGUAGCGUCUGACAAGCUCUUCAGAAAUCUCAGCAAUGGCAACGAGACGCUGCCCUGCACACAGGCCCUCGAGUUUACGCAGACGCUGUGGCAAGGUGUUUUGCCACUGCUGUCGGAACGAAAUGCUGACUUGCUGAAUGAUGCUGCUGCACUCUUGAUCGUCCUGGACAGUGAUAAGGAUGGUCGUAUCACAUUGGACGAGUUUAUUGAGUAUGCAGCCACACUGGUGCAGCUGAAAGAACCGCAGGUUCCUCCACUUUCUCGGUGGUGGGGCAACAUCAGCGAUCCCGAAUGGAGCUGGAUGUGGAACGAGACCUUGUGUGUAUCCCGCCGCAUGCUGGGUCACGUGCUUCGGGAAUACUGGGACAGCAUUGACAUGCUGAGCGAAGACAUCAGGUAUAGCUUGCGACUUCUACGUCGGGUAUCCCAAGGCGAAGUGCUAGACAGCAUGGAGAGGUCGCUGCUGCGCCGCGCUGCCAGUGAUGCUGUGACACUGGUGCCCGCCACGAUGAUUUGUGCACAAGAUCUUCCAGUGCUGCAGGUAGGCCUCUUCAUGCUAAUCAAGUCGGCGGCACCAAAGCUACUGCCUUCAUCUUUCUCCCCAUCGCGGUUGCAAUUGUUGAGAGCCUGGCGCCAAGUACGGCAACAUCCCGACUUCAAAGAUUGGACACUCUACGGUGGGUCAUCAGAGGAACUGGAUGCUGCUGUUUUGGCCAUCUUCAAGAACCCCAAGCCGGCCUCCAUCCGUAAGCUCUUUGAGGAGCUCGACCAAGCCGGCGCAGGCAGCAUUAAGCAGAGCGCUGUGCUGAGCAUAGUGCAGUCCAUCUGGAGCGGCCAACUGAACCUUCCGAAGCAAAGCAUGGAGGACUUUCGAAUGGAUGCGUCAGCUCUCAUGGUUGUGGUGGAUCGCCGGAGUGGCUCCCUCACCUUGGGUGAGUUCACCGAAUACAUACAGACCUUGGUGGAAGUGGCGAAUGCCUACAACCAGCGAGAUCAGAGAGACCCUGUGGAGGUUGUGCGUGCCAUUCCGGGGGACGUCUCGGACAGCAUGUUCACACUUUUACGAGACCUGCGGUAUGCGGUUCAUGUCGUGAAGAAGAGGCUGAAGGGCAAGCUGUCCAAGAUGGAACGCGCAAUGUUUAGGCGUACAACCAAAGAUGUGGCUUCCAGCCUUCCGUAUUUCGCAGUUGUGCUGAGUCAUUUCUCACCCGUGCUGAAGAUCUUGGCCUGCAUUUUGCUCUGCAAAAGUGCUACGCACCCUUCGGCUUUCACGAAGCCCAGGCGCCGCUUUGCUCGCGCUUGGGCCGCCAUUGCUGUGAGGCAGCGAGCGCGAGCUGUCGAGGGCUGGAAGUGUCAAGCUUCAGGCGAACGUAUGGAGGAAAUUAUCCUGGGUCAAGAUCGCAACCAGCGUGAACAGCUCAUGAGCAGGCUCUUUCAGGAACUGGAUGAUGGAAGCGGAACGCUAACAUACGGCCAGGUAUUUGCUGUUGCCCAGCCUAUUCUCAAGCUCAGUCGGAAUGACGGUAUUCUGGAUGCUUUGGGCCUCAUCAUUCAGAUAGCAUCUGACACUGAUGGGGCAGUCACGCAGACUGAGUUCGUGGAUUUUCUCGAGACUCUGCUAGUGGAUGUUGGCAAGGUCAAGAUUGUGAAAGACGAAGCCAUCAAGACUGAGGCAACUUCCUGGUUUGGAUCGAAAUUUCAGCUGGUAAAACGUGUUGCGCAGAAGGAGGUGCGAGAGCUCGUGGACAGCGUCUCAAUGAUUGGACAGGACAUCGCCUAUUCAGCGGGUUUGGUCAGAAGCCCAGCCCACUUUGCUGAGAUCGAGCGGUCGUGGUUGCGGCGGACGCUGAAAGAUAUUGUGCUGUUCCUUCCCGUCGGUGCUAUCAUUGUUGCACCCUUGACGCCAGUUGGCACAGCCAUUGUCAUUGCUAUCUUCAAGCGAGCUGUGCCUGCUUUGGUUCCGUCAUCCUUUCGCCGGCACCGCUUAGAGCUCAUGCACCUUGGCAAGACUCCCGUAGAGCACAUUCCAUGCAGAGCCUCGCUGCGGUCCAAGGAUGGCUCGCCGAAGAACGGAAUUGUGUCACAGCUGACCCGCGUUCUUGUGGGCUUGUACGAGGAGCCUGAGAGGCCUGCCAAUGCCAUUGACUACAUCAAAAAGUACCUUGGAGCCCCAACAGGUGUUGAUGUGGAGGAGCUCCGGGCGGACAACGACGAACUCCGACGGCAGAAUGCGGAGUUGGAAGCCAAGGUUGCCAGCCUCACACAGCAACUGAAAGAGCUUCAGACUGAGCAAGAGGAGCAGGUUCGGCCUGGUCGAGUGCUUGACUUGGUGCGUCAAUUUGAAGUCUCCGAGAAAGAGCUGGUCGCUAGCAAGUUUGAGGCGGAGAUGGCGCGUUUGCGGCAAGCUGCUUUGGUGAGCCAUUGGCGAUCUCCAUUCGAGUUGGGAUCACGGACGGCCCAGUCUCGGAAAGUGCCGCGCCCAGAGGACAGAGAGGCCAGAGGGGCCUCUAGGGAUGUGGACACGUUGUCCACGUGCUCGACAGAGGACGAGGCCCAGGCUUAUGGAGAAGCAUUCGCGUUGCGACUCAAGGAGUUUGCAAGGCAAGGUGAACCGGAAGACGCCGCUCUGGCGGAGUUUGCAUCGCCUGGCCUUCCUGCAGCUUUUGAGGAGCGGGUGUGCACGCGCGCGUAUUUCCUCUACUUGGAUGGCUGCAAAGAUGACCGGCGGAAUUACUUCCAGGCCCUCCGCACUGAGCUGCAGUUAAUUUCGCAGCAUCCGAAUCCGGCCUUAGAGUCGAGCCACGUACAGUAA